AAGCACUUGAAUCUAAUACAUUCCAAACCGCGGUGAAAAAUAACCUCUCGAAUUUUCCUGUGCAUCGCUGCUCACCUCAGCCGUGCCGUGCCUCCAUUCGAGCCUCCGGCGCGAGGACCGCCCGAAGCUCUCGCCGGCGCAACCACGUAUCUCCGGUCCACCGCCGCGUCAACCGCCUGAACUGGAGAGGUAUCGCCACCAACGGGCUGCUUGAGUCGCGGACAAGAUGCAUCCCCCUCUAACUUUGCACCGUCAUCCAAUGUGUGCUGAAAUAAUUGAACAGUUUCAACAGUGUCACUUAGACCAUCCCCUUGGAAAAUUUUUCGGCAAAUGUACCGACCUAAAAGUAAAGCUUGAUCGCUGUUUUCGGGCAGAGAAAGCCGUGAAACGAAAGGCUAACUUCGAAGAGAGCAAGAAACUGAAAGAGAGGCUACAAGCUUAUAGAAAGGAAACUGCUGAGACAAUUCAGUGAACAGAAAUACCUGCAAGAUCAGUCCUUAGUGAUGGAGUAAGGUUUAUAUGAAUCAGAAUGUUGGACAAGUGAGGGAGCUUGAUCUUCAAGAAUCUUGCACUGUAGAAAUUUGUUACAGCAUAUUCUUUUCUAUAGAUUCCUGGGAAAAUAAAAAGAAACUUCAAGGCCAUGAACCUGAAUAUUUUAAGGAAGGUUUUGCAUGGAAAAAGAGAUCUCUGGAAUCUCCAGGAGGUAAAUCUUCAGCAUUGUACUACUAGGCAUGAAUUGAAGAACAUUUACAAAAUAAUGUCGACGUGAUUCCAAAAGCUUGAAGGCAAAAGUCAUGGUUCUCUCCUUUUCGGUUUACACACUGUUGGUUGUUGCGGUCGGUACACUUCUGUCCUAUUGGCAUGCUCUAUUCUUGGCCAAAAGCAAAAUGAAUUGCGUGCAUUGAUUUA